CGAUUCUUUUGAAGUAGGAGCUUAGUUCUGUGCGAGCGAUAAUUGGGCAGACAAUUUUGUAAAGAUAUGCAGCAUUAAAAAGGAAAUCCCUCCCGUAUUAGAAACUUCUGAUAGUUUUACAGGAUCAGAUUUUCAAGUUAAGUACGAAGACUUUGUCAAUGGAUUAAAAGUAACGAAUAAUUCGGACAAAAAAUGUUGGCAAAAACAAGGAAAACUCAAAGCGGGGCGUGAUCUGCAAUAUGCGUAUCAUUUUAGAUACAUGUCGUCUGAUAAUAGCGACUGUAAGAUGAAAACGAAUGAGAAAGCAUCAUCGAAUCCGUACAUGUAUUAUUGCAGAGAAUGUCAUAGUUCGUAUAAGAGAUAUCAUGGUUACUCAAUCAGUAAUUGUCCUAAUUGCAAGACUAAACUAAUCUAUCGCUGUGCUAAAUGUAUUAGUCUCCGUCAAAGCAAACGCUCUAUCAAAAGACACAUUUUUUACUGUCUGCAGAGUUCUAUUAAUAAAAGAGAAGAAGAUAGUGAAAUAGAAAGUGAAAACUCCGAUUCUUCAUCGCAUUCAGCAAAAAUAAGAACUUAUAUAAGGAGAUCUAGUGAAAAAUUUUCCACGAAGAACUUAGUCAUACUCUUCUGUCCGUCAUGUGAAAAAUCUACGCCAAAGAUUUACGGCGUGAAAACAAACGAGUGUAAAAAUUGUCGAGAAGUUCUUUCAUACGUUUGCAAAAAAUGUAACAAUCGCUACAAGUCACAUAAUGCCUUAACUACUCAUCUAAAAAAUUAUUGCAAUGGGGUUUCCGAGUAACUCGUAAGCAAGGCAUCGUUGAAUAAUUACUAAGAAUAAACUAUAUUCAGCAUUAAAUGUGCAGAUCAAAAAACAAAAUCAUCGUUGCGAAAAAACUAUUUUAUUUCAUUGCACGUCUUACUCUAACCAUUUGUGUUUAUUUUUCAGUUGAUUAAAUAAAGUAGAGCGAACAACGCUGUUCUCACCACUACACGCCUUUUACUGUUAAAUUAAUGUUUGCGGAAAUACUCAAAGUAAAUCCGCUGAAAAUUACCAUCCGCAAGAUAAAGAGAAGAGUAAAGAUCUUAGAAAGCCUUUCGCCGCAAAAAA